AUGAAUAGCACCAGACACCAGUCUCUGUUCUUUGUCAGUCUGCCUGAGCUGCAAAAACUCUGUGCUGCUACAGUAACACUGAGUUCUCAGAUACCAGAAACUCAGGCAAGGAGCACACAGAUAAAGACUUGCAGGCAAUUAUUAUUCCUGUAUCAAGAGGUCCUUUCUGCACCUGUUAUGGGGACACUGGAUCAAAUUUCGGUUGUGAUGCCGAUACCAUUUUAUGAAUCAGGAAUAUGUCAAGCCUAUGCAGAGAGACACGGAGCUACUCUGGAAGCACCGCAAACAGUUACUCCAGCCCUUCUCCAAACCUGUCUCUCCUACACACUUACAGCCAGGCUUGCACCUAGAUGGAACAAGGCUGGUCAUCUCUUGGUGCAAGGGAAAGACUUUUUGUCUCAUUCAGGAAGGCAAAAUGCUGUUGUUAUAGACCUCAAUGUGUCAGAGAGACAGCUUUGCAUCAGUGUGGAGCCUUGCUCAGUUCGGCUGCCACCCCCCGAGCUGGCAGAUUUUGAUAUUCCAGCAAACACCGUAAAGCUGUUUGACAGCAAUGAAAACACAGUUAUUCAGCAACAUUCCAUAUUAAGUAACUGGUGCUAUGUUUUGCCAAGCAUGAAGAUGGGUCAGAUCAUAAACAUCAGCCACAUAAUUCCUCCAGAAUCCCCUUUCCGUUCAUAUAAGGAUUUUCAGAUGCACUGGAAGAGUCUGUAUGGAUAUAUUCUUCCUGAGGAUCUUGAAGAGACAAAAAUAUACUUGAGUGUUUACUUCAAACCAAUAGGGGAAAGGUUCUUCACGUACCCUUUAAGUUGCAUCCGAAGUCAGCCAGUGCAGUAUUUCCCCAGAACAGAUGCAGAAAGUGUAGUGAACUCUUUUCUUUCUGACAUGAAGAGCAAUUUUUCACAGCUGUGUGGAUAUCCAGUAAAGAUGACAAGUAAAGCACUUUAUGCCACAAAGGAACUCUCCAGGGCUUCAGUGCAUGAAAUAAAACCUAAGCAUACGAAAUUGGACGGUGAGAUGGUUUGUGUAGUAUCUCUAUCGGAGGCUCCUCCAAGAAAACCUAAUUUGCCUGGAAUUCCUUCACCGUGCAGUACGGAAAACAGCCACUGGAUGGAGCGUUUGAUCAAAGAGCCAGGAACACACAGAUUUUCGAGUGGCAGCAAGACUCCAGGAGGGGUUAGCAUUGAAGCAACAGAGAAAGCAACGAGCAAUAAGCAAAUACCAGGCGUACCAGAGUUACCAGCUGCAAAAUCUUUAGGAACAUCUGUAAACUCAGCCCUUGAAUCCAUGCUCCCAAAAGUCAGCAAAAUUAUACCAAUUUUCAAAGGCAAGUUGAUGCAAAUGAAUGGAAAGAUCACAAAUCAAACAGAUAGGAAGAAAAAGGAAAAUGCUGAAAGGCAUUCACCAAUAAAAAGUGUGGGUGUUUCAUCUUCUUUGCUGUCUGUGCACAAAUCCAGCAUAACUCAGGUUUUCAAACACAUUCAAAAUAUGCCAGUCAAAACUCCUACUGACAGCAGCGUGCUUCAGGUAAAGAGCAUGAAAACACACACAAAACAUGGUACACCCAUAUUCCGAUGGAAAACCCAGUCUAGUGGACAAAUUACUAACUCUGAUUUUUCUGAAAACUCAGCUUCAGGUGGGAGUCCAAGUGAAGUCAAUCACAAAAAGGCAAAUUCUCCAUUUGUUCUUAAGAAUGUUGGGCCAGUGCUUCAGAAAUCAAACACCAGUCCAUGCCUGAACACACAUGAAUCUUCUACUUCCAGUGCAAGAAGGGGGAAAAAGUUUACAGGUCAAAAUACUGCUCAAUUUCUUGAGAAACAACACCAGUCAAUGGAAGUGCAUUUGCAGAUUUGUAAAUCAGACAAUGAAAUGACAAAUUCCAGUUUGUCACUGCUACAAACAAAGAGAUCAAAUAAAGGAGCUGGGUUAAAUAUUAAUGAAUCUGUCUUCAAAGAUACAGUGUGCGUGGCCAGAAGUGAAGAAAACAAAGCAGCAUGCCACUCUCAGGACUGUACUGCUGAGAAACCUAAGUUUGAACAGAUGAUUACAGGGAACAAGUAUCUGACAUGUGAAACACUGACCUCAAAACCGACUUUGCCAGUCAAGGAGAGCAACAUGGAAGCAUCUGUAAAGAAAACUUGUGCCAGAAGAAGACAGCAGAAAGAAGAAGGUUAUUCAAAGUUAAAGAGAGCCAAAAGAAGUAAAACUUCUACUUAAGGUGUUCUGGAGCAUUGAAAGAAAACAGGGUUUCCAAGGGGGCAGUAACAUACUUGAGAAUCUCUGAACUUUGUGUAUUUUGCUCUUUGUCAUUGGUAGCUGUUUCUGGAGGAAAAUUUGAGGGUUAAAUACAGUCAAGUGAAUCCAUGUAUCAUCAA